AUGAGUUACAUGAAGAAAGAUGAGGAUGCGGAUCAGGCUUUGAUCAAACUUGACCGCACCACUGUUUUCCAAGAAGCGCGAUUAUUCAAUUCAUCGCCAAUCUCGCCACGGAGAUGUCGCACGCUGCUUACGAAGAUCGCCGUCCUCGUAUUCACGGGCGAGAGGUUCCCUACCGACGAAGCCACAACGCUCUUCUUCGGCAUUUCCAAGCUGUUCCAAAAUAAAGAUCCUUCCCUGCGUCAGAUGGUCUAUUUGAUUCUCAAGGAACUUUCUACCACCGCCGAAGAUGUUAUCAUGUCUACUAGUAUCAUUAUGAAAGAUACUGCUGUCGGCAGUGAUGUUUUAUACCGAGCUAAUGCCAUUCGCGCACUGUGCCGUAUUAUCGAUGCUACCACUGUCCAAGGUAUCGAGCGAUUGAUUAAGACCGCCAUUGUUGACAAAACACCCUCUGUCUCGUCGGCCGCCCUGGUAUCUUCAUACCAUCUGCUUCCCAUUGCGCGUGAUGUUGUUCGACGAUGGCAGAGCGAGACACAAGAAGCUGCCUCGGCAUCCAAGACGUCGACCGGGUUUCUGGGCUUCUCAUCCGGCCAAAAUCAUGCUAUCUCGCAGGCUAAUUAUAUGACACAAUACCAUGCCAUUGGUCUCCUCUAUCAGAUGCGGUCUCACGACAGGAUGGCUUUGGUGAAGAUGGUUCAACAAUAUGGCGCUGCCGGCGCAGUCAAGAGCCCGGCUGCUGUCGUGCUCCUUGUGCGUCUAGCGGCAAGACUCGCAGAAGAAGAUGCGAGCCUGAGGAAACCAAUGAUGCAGCUGCUUGAUGGCUGGCUUCGACACAAGCAUGAUAUGGUCAACUUUGAGGCUGCCAAGGCUAUCUGCGAUAUGAAAGAUGUGACCGACGCUGAAGCUUCACAGGCUGUCCACGUGCUGCAACUAUUUCUCUCGUCUCCACGCGCCAUCACCAAAUUCGCCGCAAUCAGGAUCUUGCACAGCUUCGCUUCUUUCAAGCCACACGUUGUCAACCAAUGUAACCCCGACAUCGAGUCACUCAUCUCCAACAGCAACCGUUCUAUUGCCACAUUUGCUAUCACCACAUUACUCAAAACCGGUAAUGAGGCCAGCGUUGACCGUCUCAUGAAGCAGAUCUCCAGCUUUAUGGCAGAUAUUACGGAUGAGUUCAAGAUCACUAUUGUCGAGGCUAUCAGGACCCUUUGCUUGAAGUUCCCUAGCAAGCAGGCCAGUAUGCUCACUUUCCUCAGCGGAAUUCUUCGGGACGAGGGUGGUUAUGAAUUUAAGCGCAGCGUCGUCGAGAGCAUGUUCGAUCUUAUCAAGUUCGUUCCUGGCAGUAAGGAAGAUGCUCUUGCGCAUCUCUGCGAGUUCAUCGAAGACUGCGAAUUCACCAAGCUUUCAGUCAGAAUCCUACAUCUCAUUGGCGUGGAAGGCCCCAAGACUCCCCAGCCUACGAAAUACAUUCGAUAUAUCUAUAACCGCGUGGUCCUCGAAAACGCGGUUGUUCGCGCUGCUGCUGUCACGGCCUUGGCCAAGUUUGGUGUUGGCCAGCAAGAUCCCGAGGUGAAGCGCAGUGUUUCUGUGCUGCUUACUAGAUGUCUUGACGAUACCGACGAUGAAGUGCGGGAUCGUGCAGCUCUCAAUCUGCGCUUGAUGAGCGAGGAGGAUGAGAUUGCUAAUCGCUUUGUCAAGAAUGAUUCUAUGUAUUCGCUUUCCACCUUUGAGCACCAACUGGUCAUGUAUGUCACUGCUACAGAUAAGGAAACAUUCUCGAUGGCUUUCGACAUUUCAUCAAUUCCUGUGGUCUCUCAAGAACAAGCCCUUGCCGAAGAGAGAACCAAGAAGCUCACAUCAGCCACGCCGACUCUCAAGGCGCCUUCAACAGCCCCGUCAAAGGCCAAGGCCAACGGUGCUGCAGAGAGUGCCACUUCUGCUGCUGCCGCCACGCAGAAAUACGCUGAACAGCUCAUGCAAAUUCCCGAGCUCAAAGAGUAUGGCACACUUCUCAAAUCAUCCACCGUUGUUGAACUUACCGAGAGCGAAACCGAAUAUGUUGUCUCGGCCGUCAAGCAUGUCUUCAAAGGACACAUUGUCUUGCAAUAUGACAUUAAGAACACCCUGCCUGACACUAUUCUGGAAGAUGUGUCCGUAGUAGCUACACCCUCUGAUGAAGACGAGAGCCUCGAGGAAGACUUCAUUGUGCCGUGCCCCAAGCUACCAACCAACGAACCAGGUAUCGUCUACGUUGCAUUCAAGAAGACAGACGGAGAGCAGAGCUUCCCCACUACCUCAUUUACCAACAACCUCAAAUUCACCAGCAAGGAGAUUGAUCCGUCGACUGGUGAGCCCGAGGAGUCUGGCUAUGAAGACGAGUACCAGGUCGAAGAUCUUGAGUUGACGGGCAGCGAUUAUGUGAUCCCCACUUUUGCUGGAAGCUUCGAUCAUGUAUGGGAGCAAACUGGCGCGAAUGGCGAGGAGGCGAGUGAGACAUUCCAACUUGGCAACGUCAAGAGCAUCGCCGAUGCAACCGAACAACUCAUCACUGCCCUCUCUCUCCAGCCUCUCGAAGGUACAGACGUGUCCCUCAGCAACACCACACAUAGCCUCAAACUUUAUGGCAAGACAGUAUCCGGCGGCCGUGUAGCAGGUCUUGUGAAGAUGGCGUUUUCAGCUCGUACCGGUGUUACAACAAAGGUAUCUAUACGAUCAGAGGAGGAAGGAUUUGCAGCCGCCAUAGUGGCAUCAGUUAGUUAA